AUGACCGACAUAAAAGUACGAAAGGGAUAUCUCCACCGCUUUCAAACCAAAAAAAGGCGCCGUCGCGAGAAUAAAACGGACUAUACACACCGCCGAAACAUGUUACGGCCCAAUCUGAAGAAUUACGGUGCUGUGAAAAGCAGAUUGGUGGUUCGUCGAACCAACAAAAAAAUAAUAUGCCAGAUUGUUAAGGCAUACGCGGAUGGUGACCGGAUUGUUGUGGAGGCUACAAGUGAUGAGUUGAGACAGUAUGGGCUGUGUGUGGGGUUGACUAACUACUCGGCGGCGUACGCUACCGGGCUGCUUGUCGCAAGAAAGGCGUUGAUUAAAAUGGAGCUGAACGAUUUAUAUGCGGCCAAGAAGGCAGACGGCAAGAUAGAAGAACAGGAGGAUGUUGAAGAUGAACGAAGAGCAUAUCAGGUGUUUCUCGAUAUUGGAUUGGGUAGAAGCACGCGUGGCAGCAGGUAUUUCGCCGCUAUGAAGGGAGCAAGUGAUGGUGGACUAAAAAUACCGCACUCUGAAAAGGUCUUUCCUGGAUACAAGAAAGACGAAGAUUUUGAUGCACAGGCGCUCAGAGAAAGAAUAUAUGGCAAAACCGUAAAGGAUUACAUGACUAUGCUCCGUGAGACGGACAACGAGAAAUACCAAGGAAUGUUUGCCGAGUACAUCAAGAAUGGCAUUGCACCUGAGGACCUGGAGGCUAUGUAUGAAAAAGUGUUUUCGGAGGUGAGAUCUGUCAAAAAAAUCGUGGCAAAGGAGAAAAAGGAUUACAGUGCUAACAAGAAGUACAAGAAGGAGAAGAUGGGCGGAGAGGAGAAGAAGAAAAGAGCACUAGAAAAGGUUAAGGAGGUCGUUAGUUAAAUGCCGCUCUAUUUACUCGUAUGUUUCUUACCAGUUAAUUGCUGUGUGAAUUCUUAU